GAUUCAGGUUGCUGCUUCAAUAUCAGUUUUUUACUUAUCUAAUUGGAAUUGAAGCAUUUUUAAAGUGCCAUGAUAAUACAACCACUUGAUAAAAAGUAUCAUUUAUAAAUAAUAAAAUUAUAUUAGCAAAAAAGGAGUAUAAUAAUUUCAGUUAUCGUUAAGGUGUAUACAGUUAAUCAUCAUGUCUUUGCAAAGUUUCGAAAACCUGUUAUCGAAAACCCUCGGUACCAACAAAAAAAUUAUUCAUAGUGAUAUUACGAAUUUGGUUCCCCCCGGGGAAAACUUUGGAGGUGAAUUGCUGAAACUUACAAUAACCGUUGAAAAUCAAAUUACCAAAGAGACCGAAGUAUUACACGCUGUUGCUAAGAAAAUUCCAGAGAUGGAAUUGUUCCAGAAAAUUUUCAAUAUUCAAGAAACUUUUAAAAGUGAAAUCUUAUUUUACGAAAAACUGGUACCUAUUUUCAAACAAUUUCAAAAACAACAUAAAAUAGAAAACGUUUUAAAUUGUUUUGCUGAAAUAUAUGGUAGUCGUUUGAAUUUGAAUGGAAGUGAUAUUGUCGAUAGAGACGCUGUAAUUAUACUUGAAGAUUUGAUAAUUUCAGGUUACAGAAAUCUUGAUCGUUAUAUUGGUUACAACUUGGAAGAAGCCAAAUUAACUCUGAAAGAAUUAGCUGCUUUGCAUGCCGUACCGUUAGGAAUCAAAAUACAAAAACCAGAACUAUUUCAAAAAGAUAUUAGACCACAUUUGGAUGAAAAAAUGACACCUCACCAUCAAUUGAAUGAUACCAUUCUGUUUAUAUCGGAAAUAUUAUUCGAAUCUGAUAAAUGUGCAGCUGCCGUUACCAAGGUACAGAAGAUUUGGAAGGACCGUUCACUUGUAUAUAAACCACGGGAGCCGUUUGCAACUCUAUCUCACAGUGAUCUUUGGGUGAAUAACAUAAUGAUAAAACAUGACAAAGAAAAGCCACUACAUAUUAAAUUCGUCGAUUUUCAAGUUUAUAAUUACAAAUCUCCGGUAAUGGAUUUGCUGAAUUUCCUUUUUACUAGCGUUCGAAAUGAAGUACUUGAAGAAAAUAUUGAUGAUUUAAUUAGGUUUUAUCACAAAGAAUUGAUAGAGAAUCUGAAACAACUAGAAUGUAAUACAGAAGACUACAGAUUUUCUGAGUUUCAAAAAGAAUUACAGGAAGACGCAUCUAAAGCGCUUUGUUGGGCACUUCAUUUCAUUCCUCUAGUUGUUUUUGGACCUAAGGGAAAAGGUGGGAAGGCACGAGACGAUUUAUCCAGCAACAGUAUUCGAGAUGAGAUGAGAAAGGCAACUCCUUACCUCGCCAAAGAGAAGAUGCAAUUAAUUGUAGAAUAUUGUGAAAGGAAAAACUGGAUUUGAAAUUGAAUUCUUCUGAUUUCAUCUUAUUGUUUUUAUUAUUAUAUUAAUUAUAUAAUUUAUAUGUCUAUAACCUGUAGAUAAAAAUAAACAUUUUAACAAAAAAAAA